GGACCAGAUUACCACCGAUAUAUACACCGCACACUCGUCAAGGUCACACCUACCGUAUUUAAUCGUAACAUCAAUCGAACCAGCUGAAGUUACAUAUGACGAUAACUUUGAAUUUUCGACAAAAUCAAGUUCUAUUAAAAUGAACACAAUCGCCGUCCUUUAGUAGAGGGAGGACAGUGACAUCGGGUUGGUUUGUAACCCCGGGGUUCAAACGGUGAAGAACGGAUCUUCGAUGUUCAAUACACAAAUUAUCGGAGCCCGUGUAGCUGGCGGUCUACACGUUGACACUAAACCCUCUGUAACAGACGUUGUUAGAUAGCGAUAUCACUGGGAUUCCCUGUUAACAGCUUUUUAGCCGGACCCUUCAUAGGACAAUGCACCUUAGCUAUGAAAGGGAUAAAGGAAUACUAAAAUGUGCAAAUGUAGUGAAAAUGGUAAACUGGGGUUUAAAUGUCGAUGUGUAAAAUUUCAACGAGAACUAACAGGGAGAUUAUAAUUGAAUGUUUGUAUUAGAAAUUAUUUUGUGCGAAUGUGCAAAUGAACUCCCAUCAAACGUUGAAAAGUCGAAAUAAAAACAUAUCAUACAAUUGCAUACCAAAGGGGUAGAAGCUCCAAGCGAACGGGAAGGAUUCCCCGUGUUUCAAUACUCCCAACGCUCUGCGCUAUGUUUCUGUUCGCUCGUCAAGAGAAUACAUAUCCAGCAGUAAACACAUAUCGCUUUGUGGUUUGGUUAACAAACAAAUAUUUAUUGACACAAAUCUCUACGCUGACAGCAUUCAAUAAAGGGUGUCCACAGUUGGGAUUUGAUGUGCUCUUCACUCCUUAAAGUUUGUUUUUUCUUUGAUAAAAGUUCUUUUUUAAACCUUCUACUUUCAUCCCUUUCUCCACGAUGAGCGCGACUCAGCAAUCCGCUUUAAAUACAUUGUCAACUGCUUUCCAAAUACACGUUAUCUAAUGAUACAAGAAUAAUUUUAAACAAAUAUUGACCGAAAUGGCAUAUCAAGAUCUGUUUGAAUGGGCUGAUUUAAAUAACUGUGUUAUAAUGAAGGCGUUCAUUCAGGGAGCAGUUGUCAUCGCAAGGGGUCUGACAAGUUAGGAUACAAUGUUUUCGGUAGGUUACAUUUUUGUGUGAAAUAAUGUACUUACUAAGCCUGUAGUAAAUCUGGCAAUGUUUCACAACUGUCGUUGUUUGUAAUUUGAAUAAGUGAAAUUGUUCACGUUGAUGGUCAAAUUCGAUGGAUGGUUAUCUUAUAGGUGAUUGUCAUAUACCAGUAUUUAUUUCCGGAAGAAGAACAUGUAAAAGAGAAUGUAUUUAGAAUUUACCAAAAACAAAAAACAAAAACAAAAAACAACAAAAAAACCCAGUAAAAUUAUUUUUGUUUCAAAAGAUUACGUUUGCCUCAUUCAAAACCGUAUAACUGUAAAUUACUUUGAGUAAAUAUUUAAUCGAAAGUAGAAACCAAGAGUUAAAUCUUCACGGUGCCUACUCCGAGAAGAGAUCUUAGAAUUGAAGUACUUGCCACUUCAAUGCAAUUCCAGGGGGGUCUUCCAAACAAGACACAAAAAAUUAUGUCACACACGUAAGAAUAACUGUGUCCCUGGAUUUUAUGUUAAAAAUUUGUUAUCCUACUUAUUUGAGGCAAAGGUUAAGUACAUUUAAUGUAUAUGACGUUCGAAAAUAUUCAACAAAGUCGGACCAUUUCAUGAUAAGAAAAUCUUGCUUCAGAAAUUUAGUCAAUAUUUAUGAUAUUUAAACCUGUAAUAAACAGAACAAAAUCUAGCUGCAAAAUGUUUAUUUGUACAUAUAUUUAAAAAAAACCACAACUGGUUUCCAUAUGAUCAACAAACUCUUAUUCAAAUAAAAAGUAUUGGAAAAAAAUUCUCAUUGUGUCAACAUUCAGAACUCCAUAUUAUUACGUGCAUGUUGAAGUCUUUUGCUGUAUGGCUGAUUUGGGGUCGUAGAUUCAAAUGACUUCUGUACUCGAGCAAUAUUUGCCGAAAAAAAUCUUUUCUAACUCGUGUUUACUGCCAUUUCUAUUGAAUACUGUGAUAAACUGCCAUUGAAUUUUUCUGAAUAUGAUGCAUAGCCGUGAUCUCUAAUCAUAGAGGUUCAAAGCAUAUUUUCAGUAAUUUGCAGAAUUGUGCAAAUUGUGAAAUGCAUGCCGUAAAUCCUUUCAUACCAACUGUAAAUUGAAAUCCCAACAAAACAAGUGGAUACAGUGUAGGGCACCUGGCGCGGAAGCAUUUCACAUACCCAUUCGAAGGUAUUAUAAUGUGAACAUACCUGUGCAAAUUGUCCAUUUCCUUUGGUCUCGGGACUGCUUUUUCAGUAAAAAUGAAUUCAUUGAUACUAGUUGUGCUUCUGUUGUCUCCAACCCUCGUUCAGAACCAGCGGUCUCCUUUCCUGCCAAGACGAGAUUGUGAGGUAGUAGACGUGAUAUUCAUUUUGGACAGAUCCUGGAGUCUGAGGUCCCCUGAUAACUUUCAGAAGGAACUGAACUUUGUCUCCGAUGUGGUGUCUGUCCUUGACUUCGACAAGUCCCGUGCGUCCGUCAUCACAUUUAGCGAUGACGCGGACCUCAACAUCCAGUUUAACGAAUACCUCAGAUUAGAAAAUUUCCAGAGUGCCGUGAAGACGCUACCCUGGGUGGGAGGAAACACGUACACUCACAAGGCUAUAGAGCUGAUGUUACAAGAGUAUAACCAGAACAUCCGAGAUCGAGCUGGCAUCACUACUAUUGGAGUUAUCGUUACGGAUGGUGGUUCCACGGAUCCCUACAAGCUAGAGGAUGUAGUAAAGGUGGUCCGUAACGACAGAAUAGAGAUGUUUGCUAUAGGUGUCGGUGACGAGGUUAAUCAGGAGGAAUUGGAGAUGCUGGCUUCCGGUUAUGACCAUGUGUAUCUGCUCAACAACCUGAAUUCUCUGAAUGAUGUUCGGGACAAAUUAACCGCGCGGUUCUGCAGAGGAACCCCCGCGCCUAGUACUGCACCAUGUAUUAACAAGCCUGUCAACAUGGUUUUCUUCAUGGAUGCCACUCCACCGCGUCAUCGGCUGGAGCCACAGGACGUGGAUACGGUAGCUGACUUUCUUACCCGUUUCACGAGAAGCAUUGGACAAUCUCACAUGUUCAAGUUAACACGUGACGGGUCUCUCAAGAAUGUUCUAACUUUUACGAAUAUUAAGAACUUAUUGAGAUCUCUCAGACACUCCAACUUACGGACCGGUUUGUCAUAUGACAGAAAUAUUUUGGAAUAUGACUUAAAACCGGGUUCUGUGAACAUUGUCCUCAUCAUUGGUUUACCUUCCCAGCUGUUUCUUGUUCAAUCACCGGAAGGAUAUGCAAUUCACACGGUCGCUGUAGGCAUUGGCAAAAAUAUAAGAAGAGAAAAGUUGGAACAACUUGUACCUAAUUCAAAAACUUUUCUAGUUCAGAACCAGAGCAUGUCAACAAAGGUUGUUAAUGAGAUGAUGGCUUCAGAUAUAUGUUUAGGUUGUGGAGAUGUAGAUUUAUAUUUUAUACUGGAUUCAUCAAACAGCAUAGGACCUGCUUCAUUUCAAAGAGAGUGUAAACUGGCGUCAGAGUUGGUUAGCUUGAUGAACAUUAGAAAUGGUAAUUCCUCCAUAACUAUGGUGCACUACAGCGAUACGCCGGAAUUACAUGCUUACACAGACACUAAGCAAUUUUAUUCAUCGGUUCUGACUCACCAGUGGAAGGGAGGUAACACUAUGACCCACCUUGCUCUAGCCAUGACAUUGAAAGCUUCCAAAGGAAGAGUGAAUGGCAGACGACAAGUCGGAAUAUUGAUGUCUGACGGGGCCUCCACUUCUCCUGAUCAUACAGAGAGGGUCGUCAGCAAAAUUCACAGAAGUGGUCUAGAAAUGUUUGUUAUUGGAAUAGGGGAAAGUGUGAAUAUCGAAGAAUUAGAAAUGAUCGCAUCCAGCCCUUCACGCAUGUACAUGGAGAAGUCUGUCACUGCUAGUCAUCUGAAACAAGCUAUAUGUAACGGUGCAGUUAAUGACCAGGAUAAAAAUAUACCAGAUAAUAAUUUGGAUUGUAGUGAUGCGUUUGACAUUGUCUUCGUUCUGGAUAGUUCCUGGAGUCUUACCACAGAGACAAACUUUAAGAAGGAACUCCCGUUUGUACUAGAACUUGUUGACAAUCUACGGUUCGAUUUCAAUCGCGCUUCUGCAUCAGUGAUUACAUAUGCUGACCAGGCAACAGAAUAUUUCUUUCAAAAUAAAAACGAUUUUAUGUCUACUGUUCCAAAUUUACCUUGGCUUGGAGGAAAUACAUUCACAGACAGAGCACUCAGCAAAAUUUUACAGAAUCUAGAGAGGAAGAUGAAUUCGGUUCAGUCUAGUUCCGACAGACCACUAGUUGUGGUGGUGAUAAGUGACGGUGGAUCCACUAGUCCGCAUAGGUUAAAAAAAGUUGUCUCCCGACUGAAACAAUUCAGAUUUGUGAAACUGUUCGCAAUUGGUGUCGGCGUAAGUAUCAACUUAAAAGAAUUGGAAAUGAUGGCGUCUGAUCCCUCCGACAGUCACAUGUUCAUGGUAGAUGAUUUAGAAGUCAACAAUAAAAUUCUCAAAUCACUCUUGACGUCACAGAUUUGUAGAGAUGCAGUAUAUUUAUCUGUGGUGUCUCCACCAGCCUCAGUUAGAUGUGUAGAGCAUGUUGAUUUGGUCUUUAUGUUGGAUAGUUCCUCGAGUCUAGGAGUCGUCAACAAUCCAGACGUCAACUUCCUCAAAGAAGUGGCGUUUGUUAUAGAUGUUAUCAAACUGGGCAACAUUGAUUUUCAGCAGUCACGUGUGUCCGUCAUAACAUACAGUGACGUUGUAAUAUUACGUCAGUACUUCAGUGAGAGUGAACUAUUGUCUAGUGUGAUACGACUUCCUUUCCUCGGAGGAAACACAUACACUCACAUUGCUUUACAGCUUAUGCUGGACGAAUUAAAAUAUCUAAAAGCUGUGUCCAAAGGCAGCAGGCCCGCAGUCGGCGUAGUCCUUACAGACGGAGUAUCAACGAGACCGAAACUUACAUCAAGCGCGGCAAAAACUCUUCAUGAUGAAGGUUUCAGGAUAGUGGUAUUUGGUGUUGGACCUCACGUGAAUAUUCGUGCGCUGACAGAAAUUGCAUCACUUCCCAAGAAAGACAACCUGUUCCUGCUGGAUGCGUUAGACUGGCCUACAUCUUUUCUGCCGAGUCUACACAGUAGUUGUUAAUUUAGCUUUUGAUAUUAAAUAAUACUAGUCACGUGUUCGCAUUACUGUCUCUGACCUGUCACGUGAUAGGUCAAUAUUGCGAGUAUUUAUGUAUAUGUUAAAAGGCCAAGUAAUUUAUACAGACCUCAGUAUGUUUCUUAUUUAAUUGCUGAUCAUUCAUGUAAUAUUUUGUUUUCUAUUUGUAGGUCAUUGUAUUUAUAACUAUAGUCUGUAAAAUAAGGAAAAAUGUUUCAUCAUUGCAAUUUCUACAACUUUGUUACAUUUUUAAGAACAACGUCUUCUUAAUACCUUAAGGUGUCAAAAUUAUGCUCAUUGACGACAAACCUAUUUCGACUUUUUGAGUUGUGUUCAGAAACUUGCGCAUGUGGUUAACUGUUGUUAUAGUCACUUAUUGGCGUAUUAGUUUGUAAUAUGUAGUGAAGUGAUGCAAUCAUUUUAAAAUAUCAACAGAAAUAUUUCAUGAUGAAUGUCAUGUUAUUAGUAAAUAUAAGUCAUACAACCGAUUGUUAGUUGAGUUCUGGACACUCUAUAGAGCUCCAGAAACCUCUUAGUGUUCAAAUUUCUGUUGAACAAUAUUUAUUGAAUGGUACAUGCCCAUUGUUUGUUCAAAUAUUCAUCUUUUGAUUUGCUCUCUAUAAAUUCCAUUCCAGAAACCAUUUGUUUUUUUUUUAAUGUAUUAAAGGGUACUCUAUCGUCUGUCAAAGGUAAAAUGGAAUGCAUAAUGAAUUGGUUCGUUGUCGUUGACAUGCGGCAUCGUAAUUAAUAUCAACAUUUGUCGCUCGAUACAUUACAACAGUAAAGGCAAUAUAAAUGUUAAUGCUAACAGUGUUUGGUCAAAUGUAUCAACUUUGAUUUUGUCACUGAACAUUGAUAUUCAAUUUGUAUUUGACCAUUUGAGUGCUAUAACUGUUGCAUGUAUAUACUGUGUAUUUAGUCAAUUCAAAACUGUUGUUUUCUUUUUGUAAAACCUUGUCUUUGACCUUGGCUAGACAUCAAAUGUGAGCGAGUCACAAACAAUAUCCGCAGCCAAGGUACCUGUGUCACAGCCUUCUUUUAAAAUAAUUUUUGUUCUUGAUACA